AUGGAUUUCACUCACACUCUUGAUGACUCUGCCAUCCUACAGUAUAUCCCACCCAUCUCUAAAGAAUCCAAAAAGAAACCUGCAAAGCCUUUUACCAUCCAAGAAGUUAUCAUUGCCAUUAAGUCAAAGGAUAAUGGCAGCUCUCCUGGACCCAAUG